UUACAGGUAAAAACAUACACUUCUUUACAGGUAAAAACAUACACUUCUUUACAGGUAAAAACAUACACUUCUUUACAGGUAAAAACAUACACAUCUUUACAGGUAAAAACAUACACUUCUUUACAGGUAAAAACAUACACAUCUUUACAGGUAAAAACAUACACUUCUUUACAGGUAAAAACAUACACUUCUUUACAGGUAAAAACAUACACUUCUUUACAGGUAAAAACAUACACUUCUUUACAGGUAAAACACAUAAAGCAUUUUUACAGGUAA